GGCUCCCUCCCCUCGCAGCAGCGUCGCCCGAAAGCUGAAAAGCUGGCCAGCACAAUGGGAAAAAAACAGAACAAGAAGAAAGUGGAAGAGGUCCUAGAGGAAGAAGAGGAGGAAUAUGUGGUGGAGAAGGUCCUGGAUCGGCGGGUGGUGAAGGGAAAGGUGGAAUAUCUGCUCAAGUGGAAAGGAUUCUCCGACGAGGACAACACCUGGGAGCCCGAGGAGAACCUGGACUGCCCGGACCUCAUCGCAGAAUUCCUGCAAUCCCAGAAAACCGCCCACGAGAGCGAGAAAUCCGAGGGCAGCAAACGCAAAGCGGAGUCGGACACGGAGGACAAGGGGGAGGAGAGCAAACCAAAGAAGAAGAAGGAGGAGUCGGAGAAGCCGCGAGGUUUCGCCCGAGGCUUCGAGCCCGAGCGGAUCAUCGGCGCCACGGAUUCCAGCGGGGAGCUGAUGUUCCUCAUGAAGUGGAAGAACUCCGACGAGGCCGACCUGGUGCCCGCCAAGGAGGCCAACAUCAACUGCCCGCAGGUGGUGAUCUCGUUCUACGAGGAGAGGUUGACAUGGCACUCCUACCCCUCCGAGGACGACGACAAGAAGGAGGACAAGAACUAAAGCCCUCUCUCCCCGCUCUGGGCGGCCCUUGGUGGAGAGAUGUGGCCUGUGGGUGUGAGCAGGAGGGGAUUGGAGGCGGCUCUGCUCGGGUGGGACGUGGAGACGGCCGGAGAAGGUGCCCUUUGAAGAGACCAGUAUGGUUUCUGUGCCCCUGCAGCUGCUCCAGCGCUUCGUGCAGCUUUCCUGCUGUGUCCAGAUUCCAACCAGCCCGGCUCAAUUCGGAGGGGGAGGGAAAAACCAGGAGGGGGGGGGGGGGGGGGGAGGGGGGGGGGUGGGGGGGGGGGGGGGAGGGGGUUUUUGGGGGGGGGGGGGGGUGCGUGGGAGGGGUUGUUGUUUCCCAGCAGCUCGUGGGGAGUGGAAGCAAAGCCCCUUUUCCAUGAAGGACUCUCACUGGGAUGGGUGGGCUGGGGAUGCAGGGGGUGCAGAUGGAUACUGCUUCAUCUUCAAAGACCAUCUCAGCAACCCACGGCCUUCUUCCCACUAGUGUUAACUCUGCAUUUUUAAGGCGUAGCAUGUGUGUAGGUCUCUCUCUCUUUUAUUUUAUUUUGUUUUGUUUUCUCCUUUUUUUUUUUUUUUUCCUUUUUGUUUUCUUUUGCUAUUUACAGGUGUAAAGGUUUUUUUUUUUUUGGGAGGGGGGGGGGGGAGGGACGUGGGGAAAUCAGUCUCGUUCACUGGGGAGGGAGAUGUGAGGUCUGGUGACAACGUUCCAGAUCGUUUCCAGAUCUUCUCUUUGUGUUGUUUGUUUGUUUGUUUGUUUGGGGUUUUGUUUUGUUGUGUUUUUUUUUUUUUUAACAACGUGAAUUAAAAAAA